AGUAACUGUUUAGUCACAGUUUGGAGACUGGAGGAGAGACAGGCAGGACUGUCACCAUGAGGUUUCCCCACUAAACAUGGCCUUUGGUGGAGCCGUUUCCAAACUUGCUUCUCUCUCCCUUAUUUCAGAGUUCCAGAACUUCUCCUGCAGCCAUCCCAGCCCAACCUACUCAGAGGUAACUUCCCAAGGCCAGGCCACGCUCCAUUUUGAGCAGAGCUGGAAGAGAGAUGUCUUGGAGCAAAAUGUUGUUCAUAUUCUGCUUCCUUGUGCAAAAUGCAGGCAUGGGGGUGAGGCUGCACACCCUCUGAUGCAGUACAUACCUGUGUUCUGCAGGGAUUCCCCAUUCCUUACCACCCACCAUACUUGUUGCCUGGAGGAAAUGAGUAGAACCAUGGUUGUGAAAUCCUACAAACAGAUUAGAAAUGUUGGCAACAAUUCUUUGUAUUUGCAUGACUGCAUCCCACCCAACCUCAGCACUAAGCCCUUCCAGCUCAACCGUGGGCUGCUCUCACUUGUCCUCUUCACUGCAUUGAUGUGUUUGCUGACUGUCUGCUCUCCCUUGUCCUUGCAGGGCAUACAUGAGUGUGAAGGAGCUGAAGGAGGCACUGCAGCUGAACAGCACCCACUUUCUCAACGUUUACUUUGCCAGCUCAGUGAGGGAAGAGCUGGCUGGUGCUGCCACUUGGCCAUGGGAUAAAGAGGCCCUUAGUCACUUGGGUGGAGUUGUCCUCAACCCUGCAUAUUACGGCAUGCCUGGCCACACGAACACCAUGAUCCACGAGGUGGGGCACGUCCUGGGGCUGUACCAUGUCUUCAAGGGAGUGAGCGAGAGGGAAUCUUGUGAUGAUCCCUGCAGGGAGACAACUCCAUCUAUGGAGACAGGAGACCUCUGUGCUGACACCGCCCCGGCCCCAAAGAGCAAGCUCUGCCGGGACCCAGACCCUACCAACGACACCUGUGGGCAGAUGUAUUUCACGGGAACACCCUUCAACAACUACAUGAGUUACACGGACGAUGACUGCACCAACACCUUCACCCCCAACCAAGUAGCCCGGAUGCAUUGCUACCUGGACCUGGUGUACCAGCGCUGGAGCCAGGGCAAGAAGCCCACGCCCAUCCCCAUCCCACCCAUGGUCACGGGGCAGACGCAGGACUCCCUCAGCAUCUACUGGCUGCCCCCCAUCAGCGGUGUGAUCAACGAGAGGGAACUGGACCCGCUCUGCGAUGACUGUGCUGAGGAUGGCACUUUUCGGCAAUACGUGCACGAGGCCUCAUCCCCUCGGGUCUGUGAUUCCUCUGGCUACUGGACCCCAGAAGAAGCAGAAGGCCCCCCGGACGUGGACCAGCCCUGUGAGCCCAGCCUGCAGGCCUGGAGCCCGGAACUCCACCUCUACCACAUGAACAUGACAGUGCCCUGUCCCCAGCCGGAUGGCUGCAUCCUGGAGCUGCGCUUCCUGCACCCUGUCUACCCCGACUCCCUCACUCUCUGGACCACGUACCUCUCCACGGAUGCUCCCAAGGCACUGGCUGACAUUGAAAUCCUGAUGGAGCAAGGGGAGUCCAUCCAUUUGGGCCCGCUGGACACUUACUGUGACGUUCCCUUUACCGUGAAACUCAACAUCCACAAAAAGGUGUCCGGGGUCAAAAUCUACACCUUUGAUGAGAGGAUGGAGAUAGACACGGCUCUGCUGACCUCCCUCCCUCACAGCUCCCUCUGCUCCUCCUGUAAGCUCAUCCAGUACCGCGUCCUCCGGGAUCCCCCCUUUGCCAAUGGUUCCCCUGCCACCUCUGUGCAGGUGCACCGUGAGUUUGUCGACACGGAAGUCACACCUGGGCAAGUGUACCGCUAUCAGGUGCAGGCAGUCUCUGGGACAACCUUGGGAGAAGCAUCCCCACCACUCGUACACGUCCAUGGAGCACCCUACUGCGGGGACGGAAAGGUGACUGUGAGCCUAGAAGAAGAAUGCGAUGAUGGGGAUUUGCUGGAUGGAGAUGGCUGUUCCAGGAAGUGUAAAAAGGAAAAAGGCUUCAACUGUGUUGGGGAGCCAAGCCUGUGCUACGUGCAUGAUGGAGAUGGUGUGUGUGAGCCCUUCGAGAAAACCAUCAGUGUCAUGGAUUGUGGUCCCUACACGCCAGAUGGAUACAUGGACCUGUGGGCAGCAAAAGCUUUUGCCUCCCAUCAGGAUGAGAAGUCCUGCCCUGUUUCCUUGGUCACUGGAGAGCCCGUUGCAAAGGCAUGUAAAUCCUACCUUCAUGCUGUGCCAAAGGACCUUUCCCAGGCUGCUUGGUUCCCAUGUGCUCCCAGCCAAGAGAAUGCUCAGGAUCCAGAUGAGAAGAUGCCCUUGAGUGGAGAGAGAAUUUGGCUGAAGGUGUGCUUCGAGAGACCUGUGGUGCCAACCUCCAUCCUACUCUUCCUGGCCUCCGAUGGCACCAUCCCAAGCAACCAGCACAAGCCGCGGGUGACCGUCCAGCUGGGUGAUGUGGAUGGGCUGAACCACUCUUUGGGGACACAUGAGCUGUCAUGCCAGCAAAACCCACUCAUCAUUAGCGUGACCCACGGGCAAGAGCCAUCAUCCCUCUGGGCUGGAUCAAUGCUGCUCAACUUCUCCUCACCACUUGUGGGCAUUGCAGCUGUGGCCCUACGGACACUGGCUGCGCCCAGCCCCUCCGAGCCCCCCAUCUGCCUGCUGCAGCAGAAGGAAGGACAUGGCCAGCAACACUACAGCACUGAGCUCUGA